AUGCGACGCCGGCUGCAAACACUUUUUCAAAGGAAAUGUAAAGUCAGCCUCCUCUUUCUCCUGUUCCUGGCCCUCCUGGUGCACUUGGUGAUGGAUUUGGCUCUCCCUGCAGCCUGCGGGCGCUGUGGCUGUGACAUGAAAGCACUGAAAACCUUGGGUGUCCCAUCAGGCAGCCCUGUGCUGGCCGGCCCCAAAAAGCUGAGCCUGAGAAUCCUUCAGGAUUUUAGCGGCAGCAACAGCUCCUUGGAGAAGAGCUCCCAGCUGCAGGGAAGGGCUGGAGAGCUGGGGCGACAGCGCCAGCAUGGAGAGGGGAAUACAGGGCAGACCGAGAGAUCAAAGCUGGAGGCGCUCUUCGAGCAUCCUCUUUACAACAUCCCGGUCCCGGCGGUGACAGAGAAAGACAAGCUGUUUGUCGUCAACCCCAUGGAGAAGUUCAGCCUGCGCAGCAGCGGGAGUGAUGAAUGGGUCAGCAGCAGUAAAGCCGAGACGCUCCUCCCGACAGGGAAGACGGCCUACGACACCUACCCUGCCUGGCUCAAAUUCCAUGUUGGCAUCAACCGCUAUGAGCUGUACCCCCGCCGGGACCCCCUGAUGCCCACCCUCCUCCAGGACUUGGCUACAGAGGAUUGUCAGCUCGGGUACCACUUCCCUGCCUGCACCCCUGCCCACACCCCUGCCCACUGCCUGCUGCCCUCCUCCCUCAUCCCUGUGUGCUCCCUUUCAGUCCAGAAGUCUGGUGGGACCCAGCUCAAGCUCAUCAUGACGUUCCCAAAUUAUGGGCAGGCCCUCUUCAAGCCCAUGAAGCAAACCCGGGACCAGGAGACCCCCAUCGACUUCUUCUACUUCUCGGACUUUGAGCGGCACAAUGCAGAGAUUGCAGCCUUCCACCUGGACAGGAUCCUGGAUUUCCGGCGAAUCCCCCCAGUUUCUGGCCGUCUGGUCAAUAUAACGAAGGAGAUUCGUGACAUUACCACGGACAAGAAACUGGCCAAGACUUUCUUCAUCUCUCCGGCGGGCAACAUCUGCUUCUACGGGGAGUGCUCCUACUACUGCUCCACCGAGCAUGCCCUCUGUGGCAAGCCGGACCGGCUGGAGGGCUCCAUGGCCACCCUGCUGCCCGACAAGACCCUGGCCAAGCGCCGCUCCUGGCGCAGCCCCUGGCGCCGCUCCUACCACAAGAGCAAGAAAGCUGAGUGGGAGCUGAACCCCAACUACUGUGCUCAGGUGCGGGAGACACCACCCUAUGACAGGGGCCAUCGCCUCCUCGACCUCAUCGACAUGACGGUUCUUGAUUUCCUUAUGGGCAAUAUGGAUCGGCACCACUACGAGACCUUCGAGAAAUUUGGGAAUGACACUUUCCUACUCCACCUGGACAACGGCCGUGGCUUUGGCACUCACUCCCGUGACGAACUGUCCAUCCUGGCCCCGCUCCGGCAAUGCUGCAGCAUCAAGAAAUCGACCUACCUGCGGCUGCAGCUGCUGGCCACCCCGUCCUACCGCCUGAGCGACCUGCUGCGGGAGGCGAUGGCCACCGACCCCCUGGCCCCCGUCCUGGCCGAGCCCCACUUGCACGCACUGGACCGGCGCCUGGGGAAGGUGCUGGCAGCAGUAGGACACUGCCUGGCCAGGGCAGCCCACCCGGAGAAGGUGCUGGUGGAUGAUGUGGGGUCACAGGUGUGACGGGGGGGUCAUACCCCACAGGGUUGGG